AUGUGCCUGCAGCUGGCAGACAUCAUCUGGGGGCUGAAGGGCAGAAUUAAGAAGGAAAACUCUCAGAGGGAGCUGGUUUCCAACACGGCCCGUCUGAACGAGAGCCGCUGUGCCCACUGCCUGCAGCCCUACCAGCUCCUUGACAGCCCCAAAAGGCAAUGCCUAAACUGCCACCUCUUCAUCUGCAAAGGCUGCAGCCACGCCCACCCAGAGAAGCCGGGCUGGCUCUGCGACCCCUGCCACCUGGCCAGAGUCGUGAAGAUGGGCUCGCUGGAGUGGUACUACGGGCAUGUGAAAGCCCGCUUCAAGCGGUUUGGCAGUGCCAAAGUAAUCCGGUCCCUCUGUGGGCGGCUGCCGACAGGAGGUUUGCCUAAUGGAGCAGCACAUAGCUCGCCUGACGUCAACAGUCUGUUGCCCAAGUGCUUUGAGGAGAAGACAGGAGGGCAGAGAACCCUGGGGCUCAGCCUCACUGCCCACCGCGACCAACUGAAGGCAGACACACUCGCUUGCUCCUUUCAGUGGCCAGUUGCCGGCGAGUCCACAGAUGCGGACACAGAGGAGGAGACCCUGAAGAGGAAACUGGAGAAGCUGACCAGCAACGUCAGUGACCAGGGGGCUUCGUCCGAGGAGGAGGGCGAGGAGGACGGAGCAGAGCUGGACAGGAGCACCCCCGUGGAGGACCUCCCCGGGGCGGCCCCAGAGGUGUGCACAACUGCAGGCCAAACGCACAGAUGGGAAAAGGAUUCUCCAGGCCCUCAGGACCCUGUCCAGCCCGCCAGGAACCCAGACGAGGAGUUGUCCGAGCUGGAAGACAGAGUGGCGGUGACAGCCUCCGAGGUUCAGCAGACGGAGAGCGAGGUUUCAGAUAUCGAGUUCAGGAUCGAAGCCUUGCGCGCUGCAGGGCUGACCGUGAGGCCGGCGGGGAAGCCCCGGAGGAGGUCCAACAUCCCGGUAUUUCUUCCCCGACUUGCUGGGAAAUAUGGCCAGAGUCCUAAGGACCCAACCGCAGACCCUUCGGAUGAGGUCAAGGCGAUGGGUGUGCCCUACCUUCUGAGGGCGAAGUUCAGUGAGUCCCCUACAAGUCAAGGUAAAGAUGGUGAGUCCUUUGAUCGGAAAUCGGUGUACCGCGGGUCCCUGACACAGAGAAACCCCAACGGCAGGAGGGGCGCCGCCAGGCACAGCUUCGCGAAGCCUGUGAUGACCCACCAGCCCUAAAGGAGGAAGGGGACAGAGUGACAGAGCGGCCCUGACCUUGCUCUCCCCGCCACUGCCACGUGUCCCCAUCUGCCCUGGACUUCCCGCUCUGCACCUUCUGGAGAAACAAGAAGAAUCAUCAUCUGUCAUGGAACCCCACCUGAGAGGUGACAAUGGUCCUCAGACAAGCAGCUGCUCACCCAUGUUCAUCAACAACUUCCAGGGCCACCCCUGCCAGCUGCUCUGACCAGUGGGAAACAUCUCAGCUGAGACGGCUUUCCUCUAGGACCGUGUUGUGUAAACUUUUUGGAGGACACACAGAAGACCUUUGUAGUGUGAUCUUUCACCCCUUUCACUGUUGCUUUUCUUAUGUUGCUUUCCUGAUGGAACAGAAAAGGGAUGACUCAGUCAUGGCACCAGCCAUCUGUGAAUUCUUGACUAUCACAGCGUGUA